UCAUUGCUCACCUCAGGUGAUCAAUCAAAGGUUCAGGCUGUGAUUCAGCAGCCCCAUACACCUGCCAUACUCGGCGUCAAAUAGUAUUUCUGCUCAACAGUGCAAAGCAUUGAGUACCCUAAAAUUUGUUUGCUUGUCGCUAAAGUUUAUUCCACGGCAAGAGACAGAAAGCAUUGCAAAUGUGGGGACAGGAAGGGACUUGGGAUUUGAAACUAUGAUGGAAUUUUUUUGUCUCUGGAAAGUCCAAAUCAGUGGAGUCCUAAAACCUAAGCAGCAAGAAUAAACAAACAGUACCAACAAAGACGAAAUUUCCAACUGAAAAACUUAGCCUCUGAUCUCUGAAGCGCCUACCUGAUGGGAAAUCAAAAGGAAGAUGGGGAAGAGAUUGCCCUGCUACAUUGUGCUGUUUCUAUACCACAAAGAAAGUUCCCGAUGUCCACUGCCAUCCCCUUGCAUGAAGUUUCUUUAAAGGGAAACGUCUCUGAUAUGAUCUAAACCUCUUUCCUUGUCCCUGAUUGAACCAAAACCUAGGGGAAAAAAAAAAAGAAAAAAAAAGUGCAGAAAGCAAAGUAUUAUCAGAAAGUGCACAUCUAGGAAGGCUUCGCAUCAGGUACAAAAGAAUCCUCAUGGACAGAAUUAUGAAUGAUCAAGCAGUUUCCUCUGACUUACAAUUUCCUCUGCUGUCAAUAACAUGAUGUGACAGCACAUACAAACACACCAUAGCUGGUCUGGGUCAGAAAGGGAAGUGAUGGUGGCUGCCAGUGUUGGCUGGUGUUCUGGCAGCUCUGAAUGCUACUGAGGCUGUUUCCUACCACUCGUCACAUGGCAAGAUGACUUACAGGACAAUGUUGGCUUACAGUCUUGCAGCUCUCCUUCUGUCAGCUACUUCAAGAAAUUACACCAUCCUCCCAUAUCCCAGCAGUUAGGGGAUAAUAAAUUCAACAUGCUGUUGGCUUCAGAUACUUGUUUUGUUGCAGUGCUGCCAUCUUCCUCCUUCCCUUCUGUUUUGUGCCUUGUAGAAGGAGUGCUGUUAGGUGGUGCAGAUACCAAUGACAGUGCUGGCAGUUCAUGUGAGCACUCCUCCCGGGAGAAAGUGGCUUGCUGGCCUUGCCUCAUGUGACUUCUCUCACUGUCAGGAGGCCACACUUGCAUGCCACUUGAAGCAGAUGCUAAACUUCUGAAUUUAUCAUUGAGCAUCCUAUUCUUGAAGGAAGAAUUGUUUCUAAAGGGCAACAGUUCAAGCCAAUUAUUACUUGGCAUUCUUUUCGGGAGAAUGGGUUAGAAUGUCUGUUGUUUGCCUCAAGUUGCUGAUAUUACUGAUAUGCUCUUGUCUCCACAGGCUGCUGAUGCCCUUGCCGUAAGGCAGAAGAGAAGGAUCUAUGAUAUCACCAAUGUUUUAGAAGGGAUUGAUCUCAUUGAGAAGAAGUCAAAAAACAGCAUUCAGUGGAAAGGAGUAGGUGCUGGCUGCAAUACAAAAGAAGUUGUGGACAGGCUGAGGUAUCUUGAAGCUGAAAUUGAAGACCUAGAGCUAAAAGAAAAAGAAUUGGAUCAGCAGAAACUGUGGCUACAGCAAAGCAUCAAGAAUGUUAUGGAUGAUUCUACAAAUCACCAAUUUUCAUAUGUCACCCAUGAAGAUAUCUGUAACUGUUUCAAUGGAGACACACUUCUAGCAAUUCAAGCACCUUGUGGUACACAGUUAGAAGUACCUAUACCCGAAAUGGUAUGUACUGGUUUCUUGUUUACCUGAGUGCUGUAGGGGGACAGUGGAAAAGAAGAGAUAUACUGUAGCUGAGGAUUUUUCUCUGGCUGUAAUGAGAGAGGAAGGAAAAAUAUUAAGCUAGUCUUAGUUGAGGAUGGAGGUGUUGAGUGGGAAAGUGUUGUUUGCUUUUUUUUGUUUGUUUGUUUGUUUUCAGCACACCUAAGUCUAUGUAUACAAAUGAGAAACUAAUGAUAACUCGUCUUAUAUUGGAAACAAGAUAUAAUAUUUGGUUUCUUUGUCCUUUCUUCUCCCUAAAUCUUAAAGUUGACAGCCUUGCAGUUUAGGCAUAACUGCCUUGAAUUCCCUUGAGAACUUAAUAGCAGUAACUUUUGUGCGUCAAAUUUCAAAUGUAUUGUAUUGCUAAAUCAGAACUUCUAUGAAAAUGCCUUUUAGAUUUAUGUGUAGGUGUGGUUUAGAUGCUGUUCAUGUUUAGUCACAUAGUAAUAUACUGAAUAGAGAAAUACACUGCAGAUUUCUUUUUAGCUGAAGGGUAAAAAGACUGGGCAGGAUUAGAGAAGGAGGCCGUAUUACUUAACUGUCAAUCUU